UCCCCAUGGACACCUUGCACAAUGAAGCUUUUCACGGGCCUCAUUCUCUGCUCCCUGGUGCUGGGAGUCCACAGCCGAUGGUUUUCCUUCCUUGGUGAGGCUUAUGAAGGGGCUAAAGACAUGUGGAGAGCCUACUCUGACAUGAAAGAAGCCAAUUACAAAGAUUCAGACAAGUACUUCCACGCCCGGGGCAACUAUGACGCUGCCCAAAGGGGACCCGGGGGCGUCUGGGCUGCUGAAGUGAUCAGCGAUGCCAGAGAGAAUGUUCAGAGAGUCACAGACCUUUUUAAGCAUGGAGACAGUGGCCACGGACUGGAGGACUCGAGGGCCGACCAGGCUGCCAAUGAAUGGGGCCGGAGCGGCAAAGACCCCAAUCACUUCAGACCUGCCGGCCUGCCCGGCAAGUACUGAGCUGCCUCUCACUCUGCUCAGGAGACGACGGGGCUGUGAGCCCCCAAGGGCAGGGUCGCUGAGCCAGUGAGUUCUCUGUCCACAGAAGCCAGCAGAUCUAAUAAAUGCUUAAGAGAU